AUGUACAAAAAUGUCCGUGAUAGAUCAGAGGUUCCUAAGCUUGAGAUCCCAUUUACGGUACAGGAUGUCAUCACUAGGAUUGAGCAAGCACAGUUCCAUCGAGCCAGAGAGGACCUUAAUAUGCAGCUGGGUGACAUAAUGCAGAAUGUGCAGUGGAUAAUAAAUCGCUAUACUAUGGAUGAGAAUGUGCACUCUGGAAGGAAAAUAUCCCUUACAGAACAUAAGAAAUGGAGAGCAAGUUUGCUGGAGAAAAUAGUUACUUGUGCCAAGACUGCUAAAAUUAAAGAAAAGACUCUUGCCUACAUUCUGGCCUGGCUGGAAGAAUGGAAUGUCAUUUUGUCUGAGAUGACUACAAUUGAUAUUGAUGAACACCACCACUGUAUAGCACAAAUGGAGAUGUUACCAGAAACGCUCAAAGCUAUCGAGAGCAAUGUCAAGCUACUGAGCAGAAUUAGUACAUCUUUGCUUGAAGAAAAGAAGAAACAAAAGAAAAAAACAGCAUCUAGAGGCUCUCUAUGGAAAUCUUGGAAAGAAAGAGUCAUAAAGCAACCUGCAACAGCUCAUGCUUUAAGACCAGAUCAGAUGAUUAGUGAUCAAUUUGCAACAAAUACAAAGGUUUCAGAAAUCCAAGAUAUGCUACAGGAACUCAUAGAUACUGCAGUGUUCAAUAAAUUGGAAAACAAUGCUAUUAAACAUAUGUCAUCAACAAUAGUAAACCUUUCUAAAGCUUUGAGUACACUAAAUGAUGAAGUGAAAGUUAUUAACCUCCAAAGUGCCAAUAUGUAUACAAAUGAGACAAGUGAAAGAGAAAAAGAGAUUUCCCUGAAGAUAAUACAAGAUCUCAGUAAAAAAAAUGAAAUGCUUCAGCAGAAACUUCAAGAAGCAGAAGAAAAAUAUGAACACUUUAUUCGAUCCAAAGGUAUAGAACACCAAGCACUGCCCACAUCAACACUGAGAGUGUUACCUGAGCCUUCUCCACAAUUAGCCAUUAGCCAAGCUGACACAGAAGACAGUGUAGAUAAUAUUUUGGCCAAAGAAUUUGAAAUCGUUGUAGAUGAGGCCCCCCAAAAAGGGACCAAAGGCUUGGGGAUCAAGUGGGACUCAUCUCCUUCACAUACAGCCCAAGGUGAGAUGAUUCCAGAUAUAACUGACCAGCAAUACCCUUUACCUGAAAAAAAACAGAAAAAGUCUUCUGAAGAGAUCACUGAAGAUAUCAUUACAGAUAAGAUAUCAGCGAAGAAAGGCAGUGCCUUUCAGAAAGAUGGGACUGAUCAGUACCAAUCACAGAAAGGAAAGCGCACAAAAGGCCCAUAUGUGCAGGAGACCUCUGAAUCAAAUGUGAAUGAUGAUAAAGGUAAACAGAAAGUCACAGGGACCAAACUUGAUCACCACUUUGAAAUACAAGCACUAGAAAAGAACAGAAAAGAAAUAAAAUCCUUUUCUGAAGGCAAAUCAAAGUCACUCACUGAAUCAAAAAGUCAACAUUUCCCUUCUGAUUUCCCUUCUGACACAAAGAGCCAAGGUGGUAAAAGUGGAACAAGUAGUAUAUGGGAAAGACUCAGGAAAGCCAAACCUGAAUAUUCACAUAGUAAAAGUCAAAUUUCUUCAGAGAAUAAAGAGGAACUCACCACUGAGUCAAUGGACGAAGAAGGCAGAAGUGAGAUGAGUAGCCAAGCAGAGACAUCCAGGUUGAGCCAACUUGAUUAUUCCACUGAGAAAAUGAAAAUAAAAGGAAAGAAACACCAUAUCUCUCCAGGAACCAUUAUAAGCAAAGAAGAAAAAACUGAAGAGAAGGAUAUGUCAGUCUUUGCCAAGAAAGUCAAGUCUCUUGUACUUGUUAAAUCACCAUCUAGGAUAACUAAAGAGACUUCAGGAAUUCCAAAUGGCAAAAGAGAACAGAGUAACCUAGAAGAAUUUCAGAAAGCCAUAGUGUCAUUCCUAGAAGAGAAAACUGAUAACAUAGGAAAGGCUUUGGAUAAAAAGACUAGGUCAAAAGAAGAGUUAUUAUUAAAAAGAGCAGAAGUUGAAAAAUUAGGAAUCAUAAAGGCAAAAAUCGAGGAAUAUUUCCAAAAAGUGGCUGAAACUGUGACAAAAAUCUUGAGAAAAUACAAAGAUAUAAAAAAUGCAGGACAAAUUGGAAAGAAACCUAUGAAACGAAAAAAGGUGGUCUCAUUUAUGCCAGAAUUGCAUUUUCAGAAGCAGAUUAGUGCAAAGUCGGAAAUUAGCACCUUACUUUCACAGGAGAGCCUUAACCCACUAACUGACAAUUUAAUACAAAUGAUCUUGGCUGAAAUAGAAAGUGAAAGGGAUGCUCCUGUAGCCUCAACAGUAGGGAACGACCAUAAGGAGAAGGAAAAACAAAGGCUAGAAGAAAGGAGCUAUGAGAUGAUACAUAAGAAUUUGGAAAAGGAAGAGGCAUGGCUCCCAAUGAAGGAAAGAAAGCGAGGGCAACAGAAGCAGAAACAGUGGCAGGAAGAAGAGGUGUGGGAGGGACAGCAAAAACAGAGGAUGCAAAAGCAGAUUGAGCCAGAUGAGAAGCAAAAGAAAAGGGAAGAGGAGAAAGAAGGGCAUCAGAAGUCAAAGCAGCAGCAGCUGGAAUCAUGGAAGCAAAAAAUGAAAGAACAAGGAGUGCCCUUGGAGAAGGAGAAAGGACAGCAGAUGAUGCAGGUUCAGAAGGAAGUGAGAUAUCUGGAGCAAGAAAGCAGUUGGGAGAGAGAGGAGGAGAAGCAGAAACCAAGGAGAAAGGUAGAGGACCAUGAAAGGCAGAAGCAGAAAACAGCAAAGGAGAUGAAGACUUUUGAACAACUAGAACAGGUGCUCAGUCACACUUCAGUGACAUUGUCUUCCAGGUGGCAGAGCACACCAAAAGACGCACUGCAGUUACACCAAAGAAGAGAGUUCAACGGAAAUCUUAAGAAAUUAGAGAAUCUGGCUGAUGGAAAGCACUCCAUACCAAUCAUUCCUCCCAUCUCUACACAAUCUUCCUCAUCAGGAGCCUUUUCUAUUUCUGGACAGUCUCCCACAAAGUCCAUUACUCUUACCCCUCAGCAGGCCCAGGCAAUGGAAAUUGACCUCACCCCUGAAGAGGCCAAGGCACUGGGAAUCACCCCCACCUCUCAUCAGGUUCAGGAAUUGGGCGAAACCUCUACUCCUAAGAUGUCUCAGGGUUUGGGAGCAGCCCACACACCUGAGCAGACCCAGGCACUGAGGGUCACUCUUACCCCUCAGCAGGCCCAGACACUGGGGAUCACUCUCACCCCUGAGCAGGUCCAGGCCCUGGGGAUCCCUGUCACCCCUGAGCAGGUCCAGGCACUGGGGGUCACUCUCACCCCUCAGCGGGUCCAGGCCCUGGGGGCCCAUGUCACCCCUCAGCAGACCCAGGAAUUGGGGAUCACUCUCACCCCUCAGCAGGCCCAGGCACUGGGGAUUCAUGUCACCCCUGAGCAGGCCCAGGCACUGGGGAUCACUCUCACCCCUCAGCAAGUCCAGGCAUUGUGGAUAACUCUCACCCAGGAGCAGGCCCAGACACUGGGGAUUCAUGUCAUCCCUGAGCAGGCCCAGGCACAGGUGGUACCCCAUGUCACCGCUCAGCAGACCCAGGAACUGGGGAUCCAUGUCACCCCUCAGCAGGCCCAGAACUUGGGGGCCCCUUUCACUUUAGGACAGGCUCAAGCAUUGGGGGUUUCUCUCUCUCCAGAACAGUUUGAGGAAUUAGGAGUUCCUCCCACCUCAGAUAACAACUAUACCUUAGAAUCUCCCCACAUCCCAGAACAAAUCCAACCUUUGGGAGCCCCUUUCACCCCAGGACAGGCCCAGUCCACGGGUAUUACUCUCAGGUCUGAGCAGGAUCUAAAAUUAGGAGCUCUUCUCAUUAAUGAGCAGCCCUUACCAUCCAGGGCUGGUCCUCCUUCAGGACAUACCCUGGAAGUUGGCAUCUUUUCCAUUACUGAUAAAUCUGUCACAACACGUGCUCCUCAAAUUCCUAAGCGGUCCCCAGUAUCAUCUGCUCCUGUUGCUGAGAAGUCCCCUAUAUUUGAGGUCUCUUCUACUCCUUUGCAGAUAUCAAGGUCUCCUCUUACACAAGCCCCCUUUGUCUCUGGGAAAUCCUUGGGAAUGAGGAUUCCUUCAGAACCCAGGAAGCUCCUGGCACCACAGACCUUUCCUUCCUCUAGACAGACCCCAGUUUCUAAGGGUCAAUCCACCCCUGUUUGGUUCCCAACUCCAGGCCCCAGCCCAAUAUCUGGGCCCUCUCUCACUCCAGGACAGCCCCUUAUAUCUGGAGUCCCAGCCACCUCUGCACAGAUUCCCAGUAUCUGGGCUCCUUUCUCUCCUGGGAAGUGCUUGGUUCCUGGGGCCUCUUCCACCCCUGAGGAACUCUUGGAAUCUGGACCCUUAACUCUCUCUGAGCAGCCUCAGGCAUUCCAGACCUCUGCCACCCAUGAGCAAUCUCCCUAUCUACAAGCCCCUUCUACUCUUAGGCAGCAUCUGUCACCAUGGACCCUUCCUGGGCAAGCUUCCCCACUAUGGAUUCCUCCCAUCCCUGGGCGUCCCCCUACACUAUGGGCUCCCUCAACCCCUGGAAAGCCCCAGAAAAAUUUGUCCUCUCCUGUCUCUAAGAAAAAUAAGGAAAGAUUGUCAAUUAUUUCUUCUCUGAAACCUAAAUCAGCAUUGGCCCAUCCCAGUGCUCCAAGUUUCAAGGUACCUCAAGCCCCUUUCACCACUAAGAAGUUCCAAAUAUCAGAGGUCUCUGACACUUUCGAAGAAAUCCAGAGACCCUGAGAUCCUUUUGCCAUGGAACAAUUUAGAACAUUUAAGUCCUAUCUCACUGAUUACAGGACACCAGUAUCCCAAACCCCUUACAUUGAUGAGGGGGCCCUUCCUACUCUCAUUAAGCCUGUAAUAUCACUACCUUCUCUUACUACUCAACUACCCAAAACAUCACAGAGCUCACCUCCUGAAUGGGACCAGAAAUCCCGAUUUCCCCCUAUAGAUAAGCCCUGGAUACUGACUUCACUUUCAGGUACCAGGAAACCCAAGAUGAUGGUGCCCACUUCCUAUCCCCAAGAGCUCAAAGAACAGAACUAUUUUGUUGAUGUGGAGGCUCAGCAGAAGAAACUGAUUCUCUUAAAUCAGGCAACAAAAGCUUCUAUGCUCCCUUCACAACUACACACAACAGCUAGGAAUCUCAUAAUUGAGACACUUCAUACGGACAAAGUUUGGCUGGGAUACCUAUUCCGCAAGUACAUUGCCUAUAGGCUGAUCCAGUGUGCAAGAAACAACAUAAUUAAAUGGUUACAAGCCAUCCAGAAUACUGGGAGAGGUUAUGAGACCCAGAACCUCUACAUAAUGCUGAGCAGGAUUGAUGACUAUCAAAAACGGGUGAUGCAGAUCUGCACAGAGAAGCAGAAGUCGCUACAGCAGAAACGGAAUCAGUGCCUGAGGAAAAUGAUGUACUUAUUCAGCCAGCUUCAAGAGAUAUAUACAUUGAAUCUAAAUCAACCUAUCCCUUUGAUCAUCAAAAAGAAGCAAAUAUCUGCCUCUAUCAAAUUUGUUCAACAGCCAAUCCUAAAAGAAGAGGACAAAAAGUAUGACAUAUUCAAUAAGUUCAGACAAGAAGACCAAAUGGAAGCCAUCUGGAAUGCUGAUCUAUUCACUUCAAGUUACCCAAUAACAGAGAAGACAUCAAUGUAUUCACUCUGGGCCCAGCUGGGUGGGUACCCAGAUAUUCCUAUGUUGCUCCAGUUGGAUGUUCAGUCUACGUUCAGAAGAUCUCUUACAUGCAUUCAAUCAAAGUAA